AAGCAAGAUGGUGGCCCCCGUGGAUCUGGAGUUGAAGAAGGCCUUCACAGAGCUUCAAGCCAAAGUUAUUGACACUCAGCAGAAGGUGAAACUUGCAGACGUACAGAUUGAACAGCUGAACAGAACGAAAAAGCAUGCACAUCUUACAGAUACAGAGAUUAUGACUUUGGUAGAUGAGACUAACAUGUAUGAAGGUGUAGGAAGAAUGUUUAUUCUUCAGUCCAAGGAGGCAAUUCAUAAUCAGCUGUUAGAGAAACAGAAGAUAGCAGAAGAAAAAAUUAAAGAACUGGAACAGAAAAAAUCCUAUCUGGAGCGGAGUGUGAAGGAAGCCGAGGACAAUAUCCGGGAGAUGCUGAUUUGGCGCGAAGGGCACAGUAGGCAGCCUCUCAGGAACCUCUUCUUUCUGAUCCCUGCCAUUCCUGGCGAGGAGCCUGUGUAGGGAAACUGCUCUGCCUCAGGGACAUUUUAUCUGGAUGGUCUAGUAACCUUAUGUUUUAUGCAUGGCCUGGAGCCCCUUUCAAAUCUCAUCC